UUUUUUUUCUCUUCUCCUCUGCCCAGUACGGAAUUAUACGCGGAAUCGUCCAGGAUGAACCUACUACUGACCAAUGACUUGUGAAGCCGCUAUCGGCGGCAAAAAUCAAGUCUAGACCAUCUUGUAGGCAAGAGUGAUGAGGUUGACAAUGGUGGUUGGGAUGCUCCACACCCUCUUGUUUUUAUCUGAUCGAAUAGAUAAUCGUCGCACAUUGGGUCGUAUCUGUUGCGCCACAGUGCGUACACUGGCUACGGGUGGUCAGAUCUCUCGGAGGGAGGGUAAAUACUUCGCAGGUGUGUCUUGGAUGGAGAGGGUAUUACCUAUUCUCGGUAUUCUGUCGACGAUUUCCCGACUCUACUUUCUUUCAUAUGUUCUUUCGUAUGUGAAUAGAUGCAAGUGAUAUAAUCCGCAUCAUAAUGGCGAAAGACGUCUUCGCCGUCCCGGUAUUCCUCGUCGUCUUCCGCGAGACACUUGAGACAGUCAUCAUCGUCUCUGUACUCCUCGCUUUUCUCAAACAAACUCUCGAUGGUCCCAACCGCGAUGUCGCCGUAUACAAGGCUCUAGUCAGGCAGGUGUGGCUAGGAGUUGGCAUAGGCUUCUUCAUCUGCCUUGUCAUUGCAGGCGGCAUCAUUGGCACCUUCUACACAGUAGGCCGCAACGCAUGGGAGACCAAUGAGUACAACUACGAGGGCGCCUUCGCGCUCUUCGCCUCCCUCAUCAUCAGCGUGAUCGGAGUUGCCCUCCUCCGCGUCGGCAAGAUGCAGGAGAAGUGGCGCGUCAAGCUUGCAAAGGCUCUCGAGGCCCCCGUCAAUACCAGUGGAUCUCGCGGCCCCGUUGGCUGGCUGAAGCGCUUCGCCGAGAAGUACGCCAUGUUCUUGCUACCCUUUGUGACUGUUCUGAGAGAGGGUAUCGAAGCCAUUGUUUUCAUCGCUGGCGUAUCUUUCUCGGCGCCUGCUACUGCUGUGCCGUUGCCGGUUGUCGUCGGGCUGAUUGUUGGCGGUAUUGUGGGAUAUAUCCUGUAUAGGGGCGGCAUCACUACUCGGCUCCAGUACUUCCUAGUUGCUUCGACCUGCUUACUAUAUCUAGUCGGCGCUGGUCUUUUCUCUCGCGCCAUCUGGUACUUCGAGGCCCAACAAUGGAAUAACAUUGUUGGUGGCGAUGCUGCGGAAUUAGGAAGCGGACCUGGAUCAUACGAUAUUGAUAAAAGUGUCUGGCAUGUGAACUGCUGUAGUCCUGAGCUUAAUGGUGGCGGCGGAUGGGGAAUCUUCAACGCUAUUCUUGGGUGGACGAAUUCGGCAACGUAUGGAUCUGUCAUCUCAUACAACCUUUAUUGGAUUGCUGUUGUGAUCUCAUUGGGUGUAAUGAGAUACCGCGAGGUCAAAGGACACUGGCCGUUAUCUCGACCCAAGUCCGUGGCGGCUAGUCACGCCAACGUUGGCGAAGACAUGAGUUCUGGGCAGAAGCGAGAAGUCUCCGAAUCUAUCAGCCCUGCUUGAUCAUGUCGCCCAACGCAGACAUAGUGCUCUGGGUAUUGUGGGGGGUGGGGGGGACUGGGAUGCCUGGAUGAUUGGAUGGUGUUAAAAGAAAGCAAGACACAAAUUCUAGAAAGUGUGGCUUCUAAAUCAUAGCAGAAUCAAUGUGGCCUCAGAUAUUCGACGUCAUUACCCAGCCUGUGUACAAUAAUGCUGCUGCUAGGUGCAAGACCUGUGCAAUUUUGACACUAACUUGAUAUAUAUUUCCAUAUUCGAAAGGCUGAAAACUAUAGCAGGAUCUCCUCUGAUGGUCCCAAUCUUAGUGAAUGA